GGUGACUCAUUGAGAUGGAGGCACGAUGAGUGGGUCUUGAGGGGGCCAGAGAGAGGCUGGAGUCAGUACAACACACCGGAAUACGCCGUUAAAAGUCGACAUUUUAAAUCACUUUUCACGAUACACCUGACUCAGAAGACCCAUACCCGCGUUGGUUGGAGGCGCUCGUCCAUAUACAGUAUAUGCGCUCGUCCCAUCUUGAUCUGAGAAACGCGCACCGCUUUGUGGCGAGGGGAAGAGGAACAAAACGCACCGCUGCGGCUCUCUGCUUCAUUUUUGAGAAACUACAGAUUUGUGAUAGCCGACUCGAGAGGUGGAGACGGACGACUCGUGAUAAUGACGGGAAAAUCUGUGAAAGACAUUGACCGAUACCAAUCUGUCCUCAACUCACUCCUGGCGCUGGAGGAGAAUAAAUUCUGCGCGGACUGCGAAUCCAAAGUCCCUAUGGUUCAGCAGAUGGAGGUUGAGUGCUGCAGCCAGGUCUAAUCACUGCAGAUGGGAUUAAGUGGCUAAGAGAAGAAAAUAGCCUCGAUGCACAUGUAUGCUCCACAGUGCACAGGGACCGCGAUGGGCGUCUUGGAACCUGGGUGUGUUUGUGUGUAUCAGAUGUGCUGGGAUCCAUCGAAACCUGGGAGUUCACAUCUCCAAAGUCAAGUCUGUCAAUCUGGACCAGUGGACAGAAGAACAGGUUCAGUGUGUUCAGGAGAUGGGAAAUGCCAAGGCCAAACGUCUCUAUGAGGCUUUCCUUCCCGAGUGCUUCCAGCGCCCAGAGACAGACCAGUCAGCUGAGAUAUUUAUAAGAGACAAGUACGAAAAGAAGAAGUACAUGGAUAAAGUCAUCGAUAUACAGAUGCUCAGGAAAGAAAAGAGCUGUGACAAUAUACCAAAGGAGCCAGUGGUUUUUGAGAAGAUGAAAUUGAAAAAAGACACCAGCCCAAAAACUGAUUCCCAGGCAGUGACAGAUCUGCUUGGAUUAGACACUCCAAGUCCCUCUCUGUCAAAUGGUCAGAUGCCUGUUUCAGACAGUUUUGAGAGCCCAGCCUUAAACCACACAGGGUUAGAUCUCUUCAACUCUUUGCCAUCGUCCUCUUCCGCUAAAACCACUCCCGUCACCAGCUCUCUGCCACACAGCCGAGUGACUGCAUCAGUGCCUGAAAACCUCAGUCUGUUUUUAGAUCCAGCUCCAAAGAAAGAAGAGGUCAAGAAACUCUCCAAGGACUCCAUUCUCUCCUUAUACGCAUCAACUCCCUCUGUGCAUGCCAACAGCAUGGCUACUCAUGGCUUGUACAUGAACCAGAUGGGAUACACAGCCCAGACCUUUGGCUCGUACCAUUCGUUGGUCCAGCAUGCGGCCAUGCCAGGAGGGAUGAUGACGUCACAAAUGCCUCUGAUGGGGCAACAGCAGAGUAGCAUGUUGGCAGCUCAGCCCAACAUGGGGCUAGUCCAGAACAGCCUAAUAGGGCCUCAGCAGCAUGGCCUUGUAGGGGCUCAGGGGGUCCUGCCUCAGUCGAACUCGGCUCCUGCUGCGUACAUGAGCGGGAUGACCCCCAGCAUGGUGCCACAGCAGCAGUGUGGCAUGAUGGGAGCUCAGCCUCAGAGCGCAGUGUUAGGACAGCAGCAGAUGUACGGACAACAGGCUCAGCAGCUGCAGUGGAACAUUGCACAGAUCACUCAGCACAUGGCGGGUCUGAACGCAUACCACUCUAAUAAUAUGAUGAGCUACAACAGUCAACACAUGGAAGGUUCUGCAGCUCCAAGCUCGGCACACAUGACUGCACAUGUAUGGAAAUGAUCUGCUCGCAUCAGGAAGUGGCGUCAUACAAACCAGGAAGUGACAUCACAGCAGGUGGAUAAAUUAACUGUGUGAAUCUAUGGGCGAGACUCACCAUUGGACAUAACCAGAGGAGCAGUGCCAGAGGUGGGGUAACCUCUCCUACCUCCUCCAAUCAACCUUUUCAACCUCAUGGUUCUGCAUUUCUGGUCUGUCAAUAUUGUCUGCUAUGUACUGCAGGAUUCAGUGCUUGCCUUUGAUUUUUUAUUUUUUUUGCUUUCUUUUUUCAAAUGAAGAAAAUUAGUUCAGACAUCACACUGUAUUUUUGCACAUUGAUCAAGCAACAUUUGCUUUGUUGUGAUUUGUCAAUUUAUGUAUGCAUACAAAUGAACUUGAAUGGAAAAUUGGUGCAGCCUAGCCUAGCUUAACCCUGUGCGUGCCUGAAGUGCAAAGUUGUUUUUCUUUAUGAAAU